AGCCUUUUGACGUCAGCGCCACUCAGACCCUGCCCCUGCUCCAGGGAAGCUGUGAGUGGGUGGGAGACCCCGUGGAUGCGUCCGGGAAGAGCGCGCGGAUUGUGACUGUCAACUGAACAGCAGCAGGAACAUCACCGGUCUGAGAAAGCGAUCACCAUGGAUAGGAGCGAGCUUGUGCAGAAGGCCAAACUGGCCGAACAGGCCGAGCGCUACGACGACAUGGCGACCGUGAUGAAGGAGGUGACGGAGAAGGGAGAGGAGCUGACGGACGAGGAGAGGAACCUGCUCUCGGUGGCCUACAAGAACGUGGUGGGGGCGUGCCGCUCAGCAUGGAGGGUCAUCUCCAGCAUCGAGCAGAAGAUGAAGGCGGAGAGCAGCGACAAGGAACAGAUCGCCAAAGAGUACCGUGAGAAGAUCGAGUCUGAGCUGCAGUCCAUCUGCAACGAUGUGCUGCAUCUAUUGGACAAGUUCCUGAUCCGCACCACGUCUCCUGCCGAGAGUCAGGUGUUCUACCUGAAGAUGAAAGGAGAUUAUUAUCGCUACCUGGCCGAGGUCGCCGUGGGAGACAACAAAACCAGCAUCGUCGAUAAAUCCAGGGAGGCGUAUCAGGCUGCGUUUGACAUCAGCACAGAGAACAUGCAGCCCACUCAUCCGAUCCGACUCGGCCUCGCGCUAAACUUCUCCGUCUUCUACUACGAGAUCCUCGGCUCGCGCGAACAAGCCUGCGAACUCGCCAAGAAGGCGUUCGAUGACGCGAUCGCUGAGCUCGACCAGCUGACCGAGGACUCGUACAAAGACAGCACGCUGAUCAUGCAGCUGCUGCGAGACAACCUGACACUGUGGACUUCAGACAAUCAGGAGGAGACGGAGGAGGGACGGGAAAACUAAAAGCAAACAAACAAAUAAACAAACAAACAAACAAACAAAAAACGCUGAGAGCCUGAUACACACUCUCUGCUCCUCCGCACCAGCCUCUCCUAUUCGCGUGUGUGUGUGUGUGUGUGUGUGUGUGCGUGUGUGUGCGUGUGCGUGUGUGUGCGUGUGCGUGUGUGUGUGUGUGUGUGUGUGUGCUUGUGUGUGUGUGUGUGUGUGUGUGUGUGUGUGUGUGUGUAGAAGGGUGGGGUUGAUCUGGAGAUCUGGUAAUUGCUCGGGGCACAAACUAGAGGGAGGGAUCAUUUUUAAUAAACUGGACACACGUGUGUGUGUGUGUGUGUGCGCUUUAUACCUACAUGUAAACGUUGUUUCGGUGUGUGUGUGUGUGUGUGUGUGUGUGUGUGUGUGUGUGUGUGUGAGAGAGAGAGCGAGCGAGAGACAGUUUGCUUUGAGGUUCAGACUGAAAUCGGACUCCAGUCUGAACCGAUAUAUCGAUAUUAAAUCCCUGUAUUGUGAUAAUCGCCAAACUUUUUAUUGUGGUUCAUGAUAUUAUUGUAUUUAACAAUUUACAGACGAUAUUUUCUAAGUGCGAUGAUCAGAUUAUUAUCUUGGAAUAUCUGGUGAUCGGCACACACCCGUCCGCGUGUGAACGCCAAAAACUCGACCACUUCAUCAGAACGUUUGUGAUUUUUCAGUUUUAAGUGAAACGAGCUGAGGUGACUCUUGGGUUUUUUUUUUUUUUUUUUAAUGCAAAAACCUGAAAAACAGGUGUCAGGUGUUUUUUUUUUUUUUUUUUUUUUUAUUCUGUUUUGGUAGCUUGACUUAAAAAAGAAAAAAGAAAAAGGUCUCGGUGUCUCUCAGGCGUCAGUUUACCGUGAGAACGAGUUUUUAGUGACGGAUAAGUGUUGAUCUGUGGAGGUGAAACGUGUAGCUUUAUUAUUUGUUAAAUUAGCGAUCAGAUUUGAAAGCCUGAGGUAAACGUCUGCAUUCAAUUUAUUCUCAAAUUCGGAAACGCACCCCGUGUUGGAUUUGUUGUGAAAUCGCACGAAUGUUUGUUUAGAUUCGUCUUUUUUCUCGGGAACGUCGGAGAAAGCGGCGUCACGCGCUCCGGCGUCCGACUCUAACGCCGUUCUUUCCGCGCUACUGUUGAGGGUUUUCUCUACGUCAGUGUGCCGUGUUGUCGUCUUCGUCGUCGUCGUCGUUGUCUCCGGUGUGUGUGUGUGUGUGUGUGUGUGGCUCAGGUCAGUUAAUCAGGGUAAAUGAACAUCUCCUGCGUUAGUUCCAGCCGUGUUUCUGUACCACACGACAGCGUGUUAGUGUCACUGUUAGCGUUAAUGAUGUGGGACGGGUUCAUUUCAGCCAAAUAAAGAAAAUGACAAAGACAAACAAAAA